CGCUGAUUGGGUGUUCAUUCAGCUUAAACAGCCGGAAGUGGUCUCAGUGGGGAGAGGAGGCUAAUUAAUAUUUUUCGCGUAUUGCAGCUAAUUCUUAAACGCUGAGUUAUUUUAAACGGCGUAUGAAAUGUAUAAUUGUUGUCGCGGAACGUCUCUGGCAACAUAAGCUCGCUCUGGGAUGUCAGAGGAGGACACUGACCUCACUGGCGGGUGUAGACGUCACACACCGUGUCUUGUUUUCCUGGCGCAGGCUAACGAAUGUCCCUAACGCUGACAGCCAUGAGUGACAGCACAGCGACCAGCGGCCGGAAGCUGUGGUCGGGGUCCGGGCAGCCUCCGCGACCUUCCCAGGGCCCCUACAUCUCAGUCAUCACCAACAGGACCACCAACCUGGUGAUCCGUGGGGCCAUGCUGUUCUCUGUCGGGGUCUUCCUGGCCCUGGUGCUCAACUUGCUUCAGGUGCAGAGAAACGUCACCCUCUUCCCCCCCGACGUCAUCAGCAGUAUCUUCUCCUCGGCCUGGUGGGUGCCGCCCUGCUGUGGCACAGCCUCAGCGAUGAUCGGGCUGCUGUACCCCUGCAUCGACAGCCGCCUGGGCGAGCCACACAAGUUCAAGCGCGAAUGGUCCAGUGUGAUGCGCUGCGUGGCCGUGUUUGUGGGCAUCAACCACGCCAGUGCUAAAGUGGACUUUGCCAACAACGUCCAGCUGUCGCUGACGCUGGCGGCGCUCUCCAUCGGCCUGUGGUGGACCUUCGAUCGCUCCCGCAGCGGCUUCGGCCUUGGAGUCAGCAUCGCCCUGCUGGCGACGCUGGCGACCCAGCUCCUGGUUUACAACGGAGUCUUUCAGUACACGUCUCCAGACUUCCUGUAUAUCCGCUCCUGGUUACCUUGCAUCUUCUUUGCGGGGGUGAUAACCAUGGGAAACAUAGGACGGCAGCUUGCCUUGUAUGAACGUAAAUUCAUUCAGGAAAAGACUCAUCAGGACUGACGGAUCUCUCGGCUCCACCAGGCCUCAGCUCACGCUGACUUUAUCUCUGCACCAACCUGAAGCCAGAGGCAGCGUCGACGAGGACUCGCUGGAUGAGCUGGUCAGACGAGCCCUGAGCUCCGGACUGGCCACCCGGUGCCAUCUGCUGGACUAAACAGUAUUUAUGGUUGGCUGUGGGCGUGGCUGCUGGCUCCAACCUGAGCUGAGGUGAACAUUGAGAGUUUUUUCUUUGGUGCAGUUUAUCUCUACUUGCGUGAAAGGGGAUUAGCGGCGAAGCGUUUGUCAUUCUUCAAAUCAGCUCAAACGUUUGAAACCUUUGGCUUCAUCGUGCCAAACACAGUCACACAAUCUGAAAGUCUGCUCUUAUCUGCUGAUUCUUUCACGUAUCAGCAGAGAACACACAGCCUGGAUGUGCAUCUGCACACCAGCCCUUUUUAUUGUUCCCAGAUAUCUACAUUUAAACUUGGUGCGGCAGGACUGAGGACGUGGCUGUGAGGACACAGUUCAGUGUUCAGCGGCUGUUUGUGCCAGCUGACAUGUAGUAUCAUCAGGACGUGAUUCUCUAUUGACUGUGCAAAGCUUCAAGGGCUUUGUUUGGAGCUCAUAGCAGCUGUGUGGACUCUGGCCUGAUUUUUUUUAAACUCACUAAGUUUUUAAGAGGUGGUCUGGAGGACCAGUUCUUCAUUUCAGGGAGUGACAUUUGUCCAAACACGUAUCUUCUGUAGCCUUCUUGGGUUCCCAGUUAAAAAAGCAAAUCAAAAGGCAGCAGUUUGCUGUCCCCAAAGCAGCAGGAAUGCCAAAUUAUCCCACUACUUGACUAAAUCUUGGUUAUCCUCAACGAACCACAGGUGUUAAAUACCUAAAUCAUAUGAUAGUGUGGCUAAAGGGAGGUAGAACGUAAAGGUAGAGUCAGCUAAUCUGUGUUGCAUGUAAAGACGAUCCCACAUAAUUAACCACGUUAGCUUAAUAUUUACCGAAACUCGUUAGCCAGGAAGUGAGAAACUGACUGGAGCUGGUCAGAAAGGAUUCUCCAGGUGUUACCCUCAGUACCUGCAGCACACAUUCCUCUGUUCUGAGGUCAGCUGGAUGAUUCAGUAGAGGAGCUGCUUGCAGCUUCGUUGCUGUUGAUGUUAGCAGUGUUCUCAAAAGUCUGAAGGCUGCGCGUCCUGCUGCUUCAAACCAAUAAAUGCAAACGAAGAAGAAGAAGAACGGGGCGCACACGUGGAUCUCCAUGAGGUAUGACGGGAUCAUUUAAGGGGCAUUUUUAUAACCAUUUGUGAUAAAAUUAAAUUUGGUAUAAUUAGAGUCGUAGCGUUUAACAGCAGAUCUAUGAAGACAGUGUUUUUAUUGUAUUCCAUGAGCUGGAUUAGAAGUUUUGAGUGCAGGUUUUAUAUCAGCACGGCAGCAAGUGUAAUUUGACAGAAUGAGAAGUUCCUUCCUUCAGGAUGGGUUGUAUAUAAACGGGAAUUAAUGGUUCCACUCACUCAAGCGGCAUGUGAAGUUUGUGUUGGUGUAAUAAAGAGCAAAGCCUUUUGGUAA